CUUAGUAUCAAUUUACUUCCCUGAUUUGUACUACGAGCCUUCAUCUCCGCUCUUCAUCUGGUAGGAAUUUGCAUUUAGAGAAAAAAUAUGUUUAACUUCCCCUAUUUUGAAUUUACAUAGUUCCCGAACCGCUGAAUGCAUGGGUUUUUGCUGCUUCGUUGGAACUGAAGAAAGUACAACGGUGCUUGCUUUGAAUUUUAGGCUUUUACAUGAAUUAUUGUGAAAAUUGGUGUGGAUUUAAGGAUUUUUACGGAAAUUUUAUUGUGAAAAUUGGAAUGUAGAAAUUGUUUUUACUAUUCUUUGUGCCAGGAGGGGGGUUAGUUACCUUCUUAGGACUCUGUGUUGAAGAUUUUCUGGUAUUUGCAUCAAAACAGUGUGUUUGAAUCUCUAAUUUUUGGCAGAAUUUUUUCAACUUUAGUGGUAAUGCACUGCGUUGGGCAAACCUUUAAAUCUAAGUUUUGAAUAAUGAAGCUUUAGAAUGGACUCAUUUCCAAGACUGAACCGGAAAAUUGGAUUACUGUGAUGAACACUUUUGUUGGUUAUUGCACAUUGACACAUGUUAACAUAAUAGCAAAUCUGAUAGGGCCGGGGGAAGAGAUGGCUUUCGCUAAUCAUGCUGUAAAAGAAUUAUAUUUUCUUGUUGUUGGUGUUCCGCAUGUGCCUUAAUUAUCUUCCGAUCUUCUUAUUGAACUACCUUCUCCAAAUGGUUCACACUAUUAUAGAUUACGUUUACCUGUCUUCCCUUGGAUGGACUGCUUUGUCAGUAACGCAACAGGCAUUUAGUUAUAUAAAUGAGCUGCUUCGGAUGAAAGGGCAAAUUAACCAAAGAAUGAGACUUCUAAGAGGAAGAACAACUUGGAAGACCCUGCCAAAGUGUGAAAUAUUUAGCAUUAUGCUAGGAAGGGAUUAAACUAAUCCACUUGAACUUACUUAGGAAUCUCGAAAUGAAUUAAUUCUAGAAAGGGCAAUAAGGCCUAUCUUGCUUGACUACGAUGAUAUAAGAUGCCUGAGGAUAAGGUGAACAAAUUCAUUGGUAAAGAAGUCAUCUCAGUUUUGAAUAGUUAUUAUACACAGUAUAAUGUUCUACCUUUAGUUUCAAAUGAUAUCAUUUUGUUUAAUUUCAAUUCCAGAAAAAAUUUCAAAAGCAUCCUAUAUUUUUUGUAGCGUUGAAAAAUGUAAAACAAAUGCAACUGGGUUUAAAAUAUUUUAAGAGAAAGGUAUAGUAUUGAAAGAAGACGAAAGUAAGGAAAAAAAUAGAAUUGGUAUAGUACCAUGGGUCCUAGAGCUUCUACAAUAAAUAGCUCUCAUAUAAUUUGGUGGAUGUGGGUAAGGUUUUUACUUUUUCCAGUGAGUGGCAGAGGUGAGGAUUCAUUGAGCCAGUGGUCAUCUUCUUCUUAUCUUUGAACUUUGGCGGAUGCUCUGGUAAUUACUCAUCUUUGUCAUCUUGUAAAUCUUCUAUCAUGGCUUUCAUCUUCUGUGGGAUGCUAGGACGAAACAUUUUACUGCUGAAACCAUUAAAAGCAAUGAUUAAUAAUAAUCAUGGAUGUGGAAGAACUGGACUCAAGCGGAAGUUAUUCUCAUCCUAAGCGAAGCAAAAGAGUUAAUACUCAACACAGUAGAUUAAUUUUCUAUUGACAUUGUUAGAAGGAAGUGACGAAUCUUUUCUUUGCUGCCUUUGGUUUGAUUUUCGUCGUCCGUUUAUCUUUGAUUUUGGCCUUUUCCUGGACUCCUUUAUGUUUCAUUUGCCCUGUACAUGCCCGACAAAAAUUUUCAAAGAAUCGAGCUUCUGUCCAGAAGGUGUUCGAACUUUUCUUGCUUUAGAUCAUUGUGAAUAAGAAACACGUUAGGUCAUAACAACUUUAAACCCUCUCCUUAGGCAUGGAAUUUCUGAUUUGUCCGUAAUUGUACAUACCCUAAUUCAUUUGUCUGAAAAUAAGUUGCUUUUGCUUAAUUAUCCCAUAUUGUGAUUUCUUUUGUGAAUGACAUCUUUUAUGAUAUGGUGAUAGAAUGGAAGUAAAUUGCGGGGAAGAAAUGAAAUGAUGCAACUUAAUUACCUUAAAAGGUAUAUUUUGUUCCUAAGAGAGAUGUUUUGCACAUACAAACAUAAGUAAUUAUUUUUAGAAAAACUUCAAUUAUGAAACUUGGAUACUUAGUGGGGAAUAUAGUAGAGAAAGGCCUUUUGAUGUUGUUGCCGCCACUUUUAGAGAAUGCUCCAUCGUUUACCGUCGUUGAGUAAUUAUUUUGAUUGCUCAAAGUAUAACCAUAUUCUCUGUUGUUUUAUGAUAAUGAGAACUGCCCUAUGAUGUCAAACCAAUUAGCCUUGGCCCUUGGGCCUUUGCUAAAAGACGAAGAUUUUUACUUCCUGAAGUUACAAACAGAGAGCAGAUGCUUAAUGAACGUAAUUUAUCUUCAUAAAAGCCGCAAAGACACCUGCUGCUGAUGGUGAAGGAUCGUUGUGGACACCCGUUAGCUCGGAAUAAUCAUUGCAAAUACUUGCAUGCUCCAUUAAAUCUUACUUCCCUGAUAUCAUUAGUGUGCAUAUAGAGGAUUUACUUAAUCAAUUGGGGGAAAUGGUUUGUCCAUCUCUUGAAAUUGAACGCAACAAUGUCUUUGCAUAUAUCUGACAUUUCCUUCUUGAUGGAAUUAUAUCUCACCUUGAUGUAUAAACCAAGCUCUUUUGUAACCGAGUCAUUCAUUUUAACUUUCUGCCUUACGAGCUUUAACAGAACAUCCUAGAGAGAAUCUUUAACUACACUGGAGAUAACUUGUAACUACUAAAACAUGUUCCAUUUCUAUAUUUAGGAUUAAAAAAAGUUUGACCCACAGAGCAGACUGAGAAUGCAGAUAUUUUCAGAUUUUGACAGUGUUCUAAUUGCCUGUCAUGUUCAGUUGACUCUGUGCAAAUAUGAGUCUUCAAUUCUUCAAUCAGUGCCUUUUCCAUUUGUCUACUAGGGUGUGGUGCUCUGAAAUUUGCCGUAUAACUGAUUUCUAAAAUACAAAAUUGCACUUAGCUGCCAAGUAUUAUAGUUUUACUUUUAGGUGGUUAGUUGCAGAUUAUGUUUUUAAUCUGAAUCCUCUGGCUCUUGAGGAAUCUCAAGCCUUUUAUUUUUCAGACUCUUCCCUAAAUCAAGGAUACCUUUAGUCUUUGUCAUGCUGUUUUAGAGUUAAUCACUAUCUUUUGUAUGCUAUACCUGGUAGCUAACACUUACUGUGUCUUUCCUUUCGGAAUAUUGAAACUUGGCCAAAUAGAAAAAUAUUUUCCCUUAGCUGCAACUUCUAUAUUUUACUGAUCUGACAUUUACUUCUACUUCGAUUUGCAGCAAAGGACACUGUAAAAGCGUUUUGGUCCUGCCUUGCAUCCUUCUAGACUUUGUCACUAUAUUUAUAAAUGCAGUCUCUUAUUUAUGGAAAGAAUAAAUAUGUAAUAUAAUGUAUAACAAAACAAUGUAGUAUAAGUUUUCAUCAUAUUGGGCCCGGGCGAAGCCCGGGCAAUCCCUACUAGUUACUACUAUCUAAUAAGAGGGAAAGCAAGGAGCUCUCCGUCAACAUGCCUGCCUGGCAGAGGGGCAUUUUUGACAUUUCAACUGCUGCUGCCACGUUCCUAAUUUGCCACGUAGAAAGCACCGCUUCAAAUUUUGUUACAUCUCAAUUUUAUCUCCGCCGCUUUGCUUUCCUCUGCUUCUGUUUCUUCUUCUCCAGGAUUAGUGGUUUCACUUUCUUCACUAUUUUUUCUUCUUCUGCAAAAAGAUCAGAUCUUUGGGGUUUUCGUUUGAUAUUCAAUCUUAAAGUGAUUAAUCUGCUCCGCUCUCCCUGUGUACAUCCUCUUCGCUUCCACAACUGAGUUGGAUCAACAUCUGGAACAUGUAAGGGUCAACAAGAUGUCUCCCCUGAAGUUAUUUCAAACACAGGCAGCAGCCAUGAAACUCCUAAUUUAUCAACUGUUUUUGAUAAAGGAAAAGACGUCGGGCACUCAUUCUGUGGGUUUGAAAGAGGUAAGGCUGCAACCUCUGCCUUUAACUUUGUUACUUCAUCAUGCCAUAGGCGUACAUCUAAAUUAAAGAAAUUGAUACACCAGGAUCAACAUUUGGUAAACCUAAGGGACAACAAAAUGCCUCCACUGAAGUUGUUACCAACAAAGUUUAGUCUUAAUCGUUCAACUAUCAUUACUCAUUAUUUGAAUUUUUAGCCAGUCUUUAAUUUUAACAUUAGUUACAACAUACAGGUUAUAGAUUGGACAAAAUAGGCUAUACGAAAAUUAAUGAAAACAACUUAGAUUAUGUACACUUAAAAGCCGUACCAAACUGUAAAUUUUGCAAUGCAAAAAGGUUUCAGUAUGAACCACCUGGAUUUUGUUGCGGUAGUGGGUCACUAAAGUUAAUUUCAUAUCAGCUCCCCCAAGAAUUAUCAGAUCUUUAUUCAGGAAAUGCCGAAGAAUCUAGGCAUUUUCGAACCUACAUUAGAACAUAUAAUAAUAUGUUUGCGUUUACCUCACUUGGUGUAACCAAUGAUAAGGACUUAGCAAGGAGAUAUCAUGGUAUAUAUACAUUUCGAGUUCAAGGGCAAAUGUAUCAUUUCAUACCUGAUUUGCUUCCUUCUGAUAAAAAAGCAAAGAAUUUGCAGUUAUACUUCUAUGAUAAUGAAAAUGAACUUGCUAACAGAAUGGCCUAUUCAGUGAAUAUUAACGAAUCAAUUGUCAGAAGACUUAUGAAUGUUCUCUCAGUUAAUCCAUAUUCAAUCUUUCUGAAAUAUUUUGCAAAUGUUCCGAAACUAUCUGAUUCUUAUAUUGCGCUUAAAUGUGAUUCAUGUUUAGAUCAACGUACAUAUAACUUACCAACUGCAACAGAGAUAGCUGGAAUAUGGGUUCAAGAUAAUCCUGCCGAUAUUGUCUCUACACCACAUAUUCGAAUCUAUACCCAUAGUAAUAAGACACAAUCUGUAAAUUAUUAUUACGGAUGUUAUGAUCCCUUGCAAUACCCAUUAUUAUUUCCUUAUGGCCAAAACGGAUGGCAUUGUGGUAUUAAAAAAAUUACACGAAGAAAUCAACGUUAUUGUGAACAUGAAGAAUUACCAAGUGUAAAGAACAUGUGUUCCAUUGAUGGAUUUCUUGACAUGGAAGAUCAAGUCAUGAAAAAAGGAAAACGAAAAAGAGAGACAGUUUCUUGCCGUGAGUAUUAUUGUUACAAAUUCCAAAUAAGAGAGAAUGAGAAGAAUGAAGUGUUACAUUGUGGAAGAUUAUUUCAACAAUUCAUAGUAGAUGUGUUCAUAAAGCUAGAAACACAAAGAUUAGAUUUUUAUUUUUUUAAUCAAGAUUUGUUUCGAAUAGAUAUACUACAAGGAAUAAUUGAUUUUCUAAGACUUGGUGAAACAGAAGCUUCCAAAAUUGGAAAAAAAAUAUUUCUCCCUGUUACUUUCACAGGAGGACCAAGAGAUAUGCAUCGGCGUUAUAUGGAUGCUAUCGCAUUAGUGCAACGUUUUGGAAAACCUGAUCUGUUUAUAACUAUGACAUGUAAUCCAUCUUGGCCAGAAAUAAAACAACAUUUGUUAUCAACUGACGAAACUCAAAAUAGACCUGAUUUAAUAUCACGAGUAUUCAAAGCAAAAGUAGAAGAAUUGAAAAAAGAUAUUUUGAAAAGAAAAAUCUUUGGAAAAGUUGCUGCUUUUAUGUAUACUAUUGAAUUUCAAAAGCGUGGUCUUCCACAUGCGCAUUUUCUGAUCAUACUUGAAGAUGAAUAUAAAUUAUUAACACCUGAAUCUUACGAUAAGUUUGUCUGUGCUGAACUACCUGAUCCUAAUACUGAAAAACAUCUUCAUUCACAUGUGCUUCAACAUAUGAUGCAUGGACCAUGUGGUGAUUUAAAUCCUACAAAUUCAUGUAUGGGAAAAAAAGGCCUCUGUAAAUUCAACUAUCCGAAAGAUUUUGCUGAGCAGACAUCUAAAGGAAAAAAUUCAUAUCCAAUUUAUAAGAGACGAAAUACAGGAAAACUUGUACACAUAAGGGAACAAUAUUUGGACAAUUCAUGGGUUGUCCCAUACAGCCCUUACCUGCUUUGUAAGUUUGAUUGUCAUAUAAAUGUUGAGGUUUGUUCGGAUAUUAAAGUUAUGAAAUAUAUUUACAAAUAUAUUUGCAAAGGACAUGAUAAAAUAGCUUUUUCUGUACAUGGCAACGAAGAAAUAGAUGAAAUAAAAGAAUAUCGAUCUGCUAGAUGGAUAACACCUCCAGAAGCGGCAUGGCGCUUAUUUGGUUUUCUUAUUAGUGAAAUGACUCCAAGUGUCUAUCAUCUUCAGUUACAUUUAGAAGGGCAACAAUUUGUUUCUUUUAGAAGUACCGAAAGUGUGAAUAGAAUCUUGAACAAUCCAAUGAUUAGAAAAACAAUGUUGACUGAGUUUUUUGCAAUGAAUAGCACUAAUGAACAUGCUAAAGAUAUGCAAUUAUUAUAUAAGGAAUUUCCAGAAUAUUUUGUAUGGUCUCCCGGAUAUAAAAUGUGGACACGUCGGCAAAAAUGUAAUGUAAUUGGACGUGUUGUGACUUGUCAUCCAACAGAAGGGGAAAGAUAUUAUCUACGGUUACUAUUGAUGAAUGUGAGAGGACCAAAAUCAUAUGAAGAUCUUCGCACGGUUAAUGGGGUACCCUGUAGUACAUUUAGAGAAGCUGCAGAAAAAAGAGGAUUACUAUACUGUAAUAAUAGUAUAAUUGAAUGUAUGUUAGAGGUUGUAAGCUACCAGAUGUCGUAUAGUUUGAGACGUUUAUUUGCUACGUUAUUAGUAUAUUGCAACCCCGUUAAUCCAAAAGAAUUAUGGGAAAUGUUCGAGGAUUCAAUGUCCGAAGACUUUAGGCUUUUCCCGAAUAUUACAUCACAAAGUGUUCGGCAUAACGUGUUAAGCCAUAUCAACGAUAUCUUACAUUCUAUGGGCCAUGACAUAAAUGAGUAUAAGUUUGUGCUAGAAAAUAUUAGAGCUUCUGUCACUGCAAAAGAUGCAAAAGAUGUUCAUUUCGAAAGAAACAUAAUUGUUAGUGAAGAAGACUUGCUCUUACCAAGGAGAUUGAAUGCUGAACAAUUGCGGUCAUAUAACAUAAUAAUUGAUAGAAUAUCUUCUAAGCAAUCAGGAGCUUUUUUCAUUGAUGGUCCCGGCGGAACAGGUAAAACUUUCUUAUAUCGUGCAUUAUUAGCAACUAUCAGGUCUAAGGGAUUUAUAGCCUUAGCAACUGCAACUUCUGGUGUAGCAGCUUCUGUCCUUCCAGAAGGACGAACUGUACACUCGCGUUUUAAAAUGCCAAUAGACAUAGAUGAUAACUUUUGCUGCAAUUUUAGUAAACAAAGUUCUCUCGCAACCUUGAUUCGAGAUGCAAAAUUAAUUGUAUGGGAUGAGGCGUCAAUGGCCAAAAAAAACAUGAUUGAAGCUCUUGAUGCACUUCUUAGAGAUAUUAUGGAUGUGAAUAGAUUAUUCAGAGGUAAAGUUGUUGUAUUUGGAGGUGACUUUAGACAGACUCUUCCGGUCGUUCGAAACGGUAUAAAAGAAGAUUUUAUUCAAGAAAGCUUAUUAUAUUCUAACAUUUGGAAUGAAUUUGAAAAAUUGCAUCUGUCUGAAAAUAUGCGUGCAAGAACAGAUCCAUCUUUUUGUGAAUAUUUACUUAGGAUUGGAAAUGGAAAAGAAGCAACUAAUUGCGAAAACAAAAUUGAGAUUCCUAAUUCUUUUGUUAUUCCUUUUACCACGGAAGAAGAAUCUUUAGAUGCAUUAUUUAAUAUAACGUAUCCGGAUUUACAUGCAUUUUCCCCUGAUUCAUCCCUGUUUACUUCUCGUGUUAUUUUAACGGCGAGGAAUGAUUUUGUGAAUGAAAUAAACAAUAUGUUAAUCACUAAAUUCCCGGAAAGGGCUACAACAUUUGUUGCAAUUGAUGAAACUAUUGAACUGAAUGAUCAAAGUCAAUUUGAAGAUUUCCUACAUAGUUUAGAUCCUCCUGAUCUACCUCCUUAUAAGUGAACUUUAAAGGAAAAUUGUCCAGUUAUAUUGUUACGAAAUUUGAAUCCUUGUGAAGGUUUAUGCAAUGGUACUCGAUUAAAAUGUUGUGACUUUAGAACACAUAUCAUAAGUGCUAAAAUUGAAAGCGGUGACUUCAAAAAUACACAUGUGUUUAUUCCAAGAAUACCAUUGUUAGCAUCACAAGAUGAGAAAAUAUCUGUUCAGUUUAAGAGAACACAAUUUCCUUUAAGAUUAUGUUUUGCUAUGACAAUAAAUAAAGCUCAAGGUCAAACAUUAGAUUUUGUUGGAAUCUAUUUACGUGAACCUGUUUUUUCACAUGGCCAACUUUAUGUUGCUCUAUCAAGAGCCAAAAGUUCAAAUUGUGUCAAAAUACUGAUUCGUCCACCUACAACAGACGAUAAUGAUGAUCAUUCAACACAUAAUGUAGUGUAUGAUGAAGUUAUUCAAAAGGCCUUCUCGUCGGUGACCUAGUGAUGCCUUUGAUUUUGUUAACUUCGUGGAACUUUUCUCUUAGAUUCUUUGCUGCUACUAGAAG